CCAUUCCCCAUGGUCUCCUACCGUAAUAAUAAUAGUAGUAACAGCAGCAGUAGUAGUUUCAAUGUCUCUGGCCAGCUUGCUCUUGCUGCUGUGUGUAUCUUUCUUUCUUAUGGCAGCCACUAAACCAGGCGUGCAAGCAGAAGGCUGCUCACCCGAGCGAUGUGGCAACCUGACCAUUGCUACCCCGUUCGGGCUCGUCUCGGGGUCGGAGGAGAACACAUGUAUGCAGCUGGGUUUCCAGGUCCACUGUACUGACGGUGUCCCGUACCUCGGGUACCACUCUGGAUACGGACUCCAGAUCCUCAACAUCUUCCCCGACAACGGCUCCAUGGUUGUUUCUGACAUCCUCAAGCUCGGGGACUUCAACAGUUCGAGCCGCCAAGGUUGCCAUGUCCCCAUGGCCAACGCCGCCACCAAAAUUGAGCCUCCAUUCUCAAUAAGCCCCCUAAACCAGAACCUCAUCUUCUACAAUUGCGCCAAGCCGCCACCAGCCCGAGCUGGGCUGGUGGAGACGAUGUGCGGGAACAACACCUUUGUCCGCGCGGGAGGGUGGUACAACGCGACAGGCGGGAUGAACAGCGGAUACGCUUUGGAGGGCUGCAACACCACCGCCGUGCCGGUGCUGGUGCCUUCUGGCGAGGCGAACGCCGGAGACUACGCGGAGCUCAUCAGCAAUGGCUUCCUCCUCACAUGGCAGCCGCUGCCUUCCGCUGGUGGUAGUGGAGGGUAUUACAGUGAGAGGGACGGCGCCUAUGCUUUAGAGGGAUGCAAUGCUAUCUUCCUUCCGGUACUGGCAGCAUCCGGCGAGGCGAACGCAAGUGAUUAUGAGGGGCUAAUCAGCGAUGGCUUCCUCCUGACAUGGCGGCAGCCGCCUGCUGGUAGUGGUAUCAAGAGGAUUAGCAAAAGGAUACUAAUACUAAUAGUUUCAGCAGCAGUUUCAGCCUUGCUCUUUCUAUGCAUUUGUGUGAUGAUGCGGCAUCCUAAGGGGAAAAGACUAUGGUCUCGCAGCAAAAGAACUAGCAGCGGCACUGAAAGGAAUUACGAGGCCAUGAUAUUAUCAUAUGGAUCACUAGCCCCCAAAAGGUACACGUACUCACAGGUAAUGAAGGUAACAUCUUCUAGCAAUCAUGAGCUUGGAAAGGGUGGUUAUGGUGUGGUUUUCAAAGGAAGACUACAUGACGAUCGACUUGUUGCCGUGAAAUUCUUGCAUGACUGCAAAGGAAAUGGGGAUGAUUUUGUGAACGAGGUUAUGAGCAUUGGGAGAACCUCUCAUGUUAAUAUUGUUAGCUUAUUUGGGUUUUGUUUGGAGGGAUCAAAACGAGCUCUUAUAUAUGAGUACAUGCCCAAUGGUUCCCUGGAUAGGUAUAUUUACUCCGAGAACCCCAAAGAAAUUUUAGAAUGGGAGAGGCUCUAUGCGAUAGCAAUCGGGAUUGCUCGUGGCCUAGAAUACUUGCACCAUAGUUGUAAUACACGGAUCAUUCAUUUUGAUAUCAAGCCACAAAAUAUCCUUCUAGACAAGGAUUUUUGCCCAAAGAUUGCUGAUUUUGGUCUAGCUAAAUUGUGUCAUGCAAAAGAGAGCAAGCUUUCAAUGACUGGUGCUAGAGGAACAAUUGGGUUCAUUGCUCCAGAAGUUCACUCUCGGACAUUUGGUGUUGUUUCAACCAAGUCAGAUGUUUAUAGUUAUGGAAUGAUGUUGUUAGAGAUGGUUGGGGGCAGGAAAAAUGUGAAAUCGGUGGCUGAAAAAUCGAGCGAAGAAUAUUUUCCAGAUUGGAUUUAUGACCACCUUUGUCAAGAUAAUGGACUGCGAGCAUGUGAAGUCACAAGUGAAAUUGAGGAAAUAGCAAAAAAGAUGACCUUCAUUGGCUUGUGGUGCAUACAAGUAGUACCUAUGUAUCGCCCUACCAUAACCAAAGUUCUAGAAAUGUUUGAAAGAAGCUUGGAUGAACUGGACAUGCCACCUAAGCAAAACUUCCAUGGACUACUUGACGACUCAGCACACAAUAUGAGUGUACAAAGUGCAAGUUGUACCAUUUCUGAAGACAAGAUCCUUGUGAAUUCAAAAAAACAUUCAAUUGUUGCCGGCUCUUUGAGAAAGCAACAUGCACUAGAUUCAGCAAAGCAAUAAAGUUCAAUGGUGUAUCACUAAACAUAUUUCAUUUAUGUACAGACUUGAUUUAAGGCUGGCUCUACCUGAAACAAACAAACUAGGAUAAAUGUAUUUUCCAAGUUCCAUUAGUCAAAAGCACUGUUUUAAGUUAGAAGGUUAUUACUUUGUCCGUGGAACAUGUAAAGAUUGACGCAUAAUGAAUUCCCACGUUGGUUACAGCUGGGAAGGAGAUGCAAUGAUUUAUACCUUUGUGUUCAUCA